ACGUUCGUGGAGUUUAGGACGAGUGACAUGUCGUGAAAUUAUUUAUUGCUUUGGAAUAUUGGAAUUACAGAACGCUACGUUUACAGAACGCUGUUUUUUGAAAGAAACCUUGAACCUAACCUAACUAAAGAAGUCUGGAGUUAGACGUUCGUAUGUGUCAUCGAAAUCAAACGUUUCCUGUGUAAAUUACUUCACUCACAGUCAUUUACUACGAUGAAUUCAAUAGAAAAAAAACGUUGUCCUUUCAUGGAGAAAUGUUACCGAAAAAAUCCGAUUCAUUUCGGUGAAAUGUCACAUCCUCAUUUGGAGGAAUUACUAGUGGAUCAGCUGGAUGGUACGAUAGAAAUACCAGAAGUGCUCCAUUUUGCAUGUAACGAUCGUUCGCAGUUGUUAGAUCAAUUGAAAGUACUGCAAAUGGUACUUAGGAAGGAGAGGGACAGAAAUAAGGACAACCAGAUGUCUGUAACCAGUAGUUCAUCCUCUUUUAAAACACAAUCUUUGUCUACUGCUACGUCAAGUAAAGAAGGUUACAGACAAAAAGACUUGAAAGAAAAAGUAGAGAGACAUAAGGAGGCAACUGUACAGAAGAGGCAAGAUAAACUCAAGCAAAUGGAUGCAGAAGCUCAAGCACUCUCUAGAGCUUUGACUUGCGAGGAUAGGAAGGAGAGCUCGGAAAGUACUAAGCCAAAGAAGAGAAGUCAGGAAGCAACAGAAACUGGUUCUUCUGUUACGAAGAAGAUGAGACAGAUGAGCAUAGAAAGCAGCAGUCACACUAAGGAUAGUCAGCAGAGCAUCAGCAACACUCAAAGCAGUUCUAGAAACAAUGAGCGAGAUGCAAAUCGUGGGACGUCUAUCAUGGAUAUGUAUGAAGCUUGCGAUUCUGAAAAGUCAAGAAAGGAAGUUAGAAAAAGGGCCAUUCAGAUGAUGAGACAAUCUGGAUAUACGGUCUCCGUCGUGGAACCAGGAGAGUUUGCGAUAAAAUAUGCCUUUUCAGCACCUUAUCACUUAUUCUACACGAGAGUGGAAAAUUCCAGGGAGACUUACAAUCAACAGUUUUCCAUAACUUUCCCUGAGAUUCUUGACCGGAGUCUUGGAGAAAUUGUUAACAGUCUUCAUUUAAAUUUUAUGGUAGACGUCGGGUGGCUGUGUUUGCAGUAUCUGUUGGCUGGCCAACGUACAGAUAUGAUGAUUCUGUAUGGCGAUCGGGUGGAUCGUGAGAAAUUAAGUAGCAACAUUACCAUGAUAGAAGUAGAUAUGCCGACCAAGUUUAGUUGUCAUCAUACGAAGAUCAUGAUUCUGCAAUACAAAGACGAUGGAAUCAGGGUGAUUGUCUCCACUGCUAACUUGUAUUCUGACGACUGGGAAAACAGGACACAAGGAUUAUGGAUCUCGCCUCACCUGCCCUUGCUACCAGAAUCUGCGAAUCCCAGUGACGGGGAAUCUCCAACAGGCUUUAAAAAGGAUCUCGAGCGAUAUCUGAAUAAAUAUAGACAUCCAGCUUUGACGCAGUGGAUAUGGGCGGUACGAAGGGCAGAUUUUUCUGACGUGAACGUAUUCCUCGUCGCUUCUGUUCCUGGGACUCAUAAAGAUAAUGAAGCCGAUUUUUGGGGAUACAAAAAAUUAGCGCACGUCUUAUCGCGUCACGCUACAUUGCCGCCAGAUGCCCCUCAAUGGCCCAUCGUCGCGCAGAGUUCCAGUAUUGGCAGCCUUGGUCCAAACUUUGAGAGCUGGUUAUCGAAAGAUAUAAUUCCGUGUAUGUCGAGAGAGACUACUAAGGGUUUAAAGAGUCAUCCACGUUUCCAGUUUAUUUACCCGUCGAUACAGAAUUACAAGCAGAGCUUUGAUUGUCGAAAUUUAUCUUGCUGCUUGCCCUAUAGUACACAAGUGCAUUCUAAGCAACAAUGGAUAGAAUCGUACUUAUACCAAUGGAAAGCUAAGCGAACAGGACGAGAUCGUGCGAUGCCUCAUAUUAAAUCCUACACGAGAAUUUCGCCCGAUUUGAAGAGCAUUCCCUGGUUUGUGCUCACCAGCGCAAAUCUAAGCAAAGCCGCAUGGGGAGUCCAACGAAACAAUCAUUAUAUAAUGAACUACGAGGCUGGCGUUGCAUUUAUACCAAAACUUAUCACUGGGACAACUACGUUUCCCAUCGAGGACGAAGAGGAUCCAGCCGUCCCAGUAUUUCCGAUUCCAUACGAUCUUCCAUUGUCUCGAUAUGAAUCGAGCGAUAGUCCUUUCGUCAGCGACUUUCUCAGCUCUCUGGGCAGAACGUAAUUUUGCAGCUAAUACUAGUAUUUUUUUUAUCUCUUUAAAUAACGGAAUAUUUUUGUAUCCAUAUUUGUAUAUUUAUUUGCAUGUAUAUACAA